CUUGACAGAUCGAUUGUUAUCACAACAAUCCAGACUUUAAAACUGGUUCCAGGGACGUCGGAGCGGGUCUGGUUUGUUUGGGUCAACUUGUGUGGGACUGUUUUGUGGUUAAUUUUGUUUGUGUCCGGAACAAAUCCGCACGAGUUUGUUUCACCAUGGUUAAAGUCUCUUUUAACGCCGCUUUGGCCCAGAAAGACGUAAAGAAAGAUGCUGAAACUCUGAUCCCCGAGGAGGACAAGGAUACAGAGGCUGCUCUGCUGGUGCGGCGCCGGUCUCGGACCUGGUGCUGGUGCAUGUGCCUGGGUCUGGCCCUCAUGCUGUCUGGAGUGGUGGUUGCAGGAGCCUAUCUGUACCGCUACUACAUCCUGGAGCAGGAUGAUCAGGUGUUCUUCUGUGGGGUGGAUUAUAGAGAGGAAGACUUUAUGGUCCACGAGGAAGAGGAGGUGGAGCUGGAGCUGCCCAACAAUUUCCGUCUGCGACAUCUGCAGGAGAAUGUCCGAGUUCUGUUGCCGGAUCAGGUAGAGCUCAUCAACGUGCCCGUGCCUGAAUUUGAGGAUGGAGAUCCAGCAGACAUCGUGCAUGACUUCCAGCGGAGGCUGACCGCUUACCUAGACCUGAGUCUGAACAAAUGCUACGUCAUCCCACUCAACACYUCUGUCGUCAUGCCUCCCAAAGACUUCCUGGAUUUGCUGAUCAACGUUAAGGCUGGCACCUACAUGCCUCAGUCGUACCUGAUMCAUGAGGAGAUGGUGGUGACCGAGCGCCUGGAGCACGUGGAUCAGCUCGGCUACUUCAUCUACAACCUGUGCCGCGGCAAAGACACCUACAAGCUGCAGCGCAGAGACCGRAUCCUGGGUAUGCAGAAGCGCGAAGCUCUGAACUGCCACAAGAUCCGUCACUUCGAGAGCACGUUCGUGGUGGAGACUCUGAUCUGCGACCCUUAAAGCAGCCGCGCCGCCUCACCACAGAUGGUGUGAGAUUGUGUUCUUGAUUUCCGCCUGUCUUUUGUUCUUURUUUGAGGUAGAUGGAGGGAGGGAGUGAGGGGCGUGCAAUGUGAAUCUGUCUGGUAAAUACUAUAUUUUUACACUUUCUGCACGGGAUCACCUGGGAACCUUUUUACAGAAAAUAACAAGCUUAAAAUCUGCUGAGUAUUUGUUUAUAAAUAAUUUUAAUCAAAACAACAAACAUAUAUCAUCAUAAACACAAGUUAAAUACUGUUUUCCUUGUUCACAUAUAAAAAAAUAAGGAAGAACUUUUGUUCUGCUGAUUCAGUUUGUCACCAAAUAAUAAGACUUAGUUGUUUUUCUGUAUGUUGUCUGCUGUAGCUAAUAAAACACUGCACCAGUUUGUCUCUGAACUGGAAAAGGAUUUGAUAGAAAGAKUGAGGAGGUGGGCUUCUUUAGUUAACAUCACAACCGAGUUCCAUGAAAGCUAUUUUGAAAUUCUUUUCCACAGGUUUGUUUCUAAAUGUUAGAUUUUUUUUAUAUCUCUUUAUGAGCUAAUUUGUGUACAUAUAAUCCCUUUAAAGAAUCGACCAAAACCUUAAAUAAAACUGAUAAAAACAGA